AUGAUCAGUUCUGACGCGCACGUCCUCCUUGCGACUGUUCCGAAGGCGGAUAAUUUGACUGUCCUUGGUGACCCCAACGUCUGCGUCGACACAGACCAUGCUGCCUGGAGAGGAUUGCUGGGUCCCCAUGGUGUCGACGGCUUCAAUGCCAAUGGCCUGCUCCUCCUGCUAACCGGCGCAGAACAUUGCCUCAUCCUGACUAGCUCCUUAUUCCGCCUUCCGACGCGAAAGUGGGCGACCUGGGUGCACCUUCAGUCGCGGCAUUGGUACCUGCUGGACUAUGUCCUCGUCCGGAGGCAAGACCAGCGGGACGAACUGGUGACAAAGGCGAUCCCGGGUGCCGACGAGUGGACCGAUCAUCGCCUACAGCCAGGCAGGAGGCCUCAGGGUAAACGACCGUCAGGGAAGUCAAAUACACGCAGAGGAGCAUGGAUCUCUUCGACGCAUCCUACGACAAUUUCGACCUGAUCACCAACACAGAGAAAGCGGUGGUUAUGCACCAGCCGCCACCCAACGCAGAGUAGACUGCCCUUCAAAUCAACGUCAACGGCGUUCAACUUCAGGCCGUCGACAUCUUCACCAAUCCGAGCAGCAGGGUCUCUCGCAGCACCAAAAUCGCCAACCAGGUGGCCUACCGGGUCUCCAUAUCUAG